CGGUGCUUCGGGUUGCAGUUGGACCGAAUUCUACCCUGUUCGGGACAGUCUGCAGAGAGAGGUCGCCAGGUGUCAGGGGCAUCCUACACCCAAGUGAGAAGGGAGGCACAGGGCGAGGCCAAGCUCGCCUCUGGUGGUCAGGGGGCCGCAUCCGCAUUAGUUGGGGUUCGGCGCGCCGGCAGGCCCCGCUCGCUAUGGGGGAGGUGGAGAUCUCCGCCCGAGCCUACGGGAAGAUGUGUCUGCACGCCUCUCGGUACCCACACGCUGCUGUCAACGGGUUGUUGCUGGCUCCCGCGACGCGAUCCGGAGAAUGCCUCUGCCUCACCGACUGUGUGCCCCUCUUCCACAGCCAUCUGGCCUUGUCGGUCAUGCUGGAGGUCGCGCUCAACCAGGUGGAUGUGUGGGGCGCGCAGGCCGGUCUGGUGGUAGCUGGGUACUACCAUGCCAAUGCGGUUUUGGAUGACCAGAGUUGGCUGCUCACUCCCCUGAUCUUCCCUCUACGCAGCCCUGGGCCUCUGGCCUUGAAAAUCGCUGGGCGGAUUGCAGAAUUCUUCCCCAGGGCAGUGCUCAUUAUGCUGGAUAAUAAGAAAUUGGUGACUCGGCCUCGUGUACCUCCAGUCAUUGUCCUGGAGAACCAGGGUCUUCAGUGGGUGCCCAAGGACAAGAACUUAGUGAUGUGGAGAGAUUGGGAGGAGUCACGACAGAUGGUGGGCGCACUGUUGGAGGGCCGGGCCCACCAGCAGCUUGUGGACUUUGACUGCCACCUUGAUGACAUUCGGCAGGACUGGACCAACCAGCGGCUCAACACUCAAAUCACUCAAUGGAGUGGUUCCACAGACAGAAAGGCCUAAACCAGAAGGGUCCAAAUACAAUAAAGACAUGGGCUGGU